AUGGAGGAAGCGGUAACCCGUCAGUACGCGCAUCCGAACACGGUCUACCACUGCUUGUACGCGUACUACAAGCUCGGUUACACAAGGCAGCACCUGGGGUACAUCUUCAACAAGUCCGAGCGCGCUAUUUGCAACUGGAUCAAGACCUACGAGGAGACUGAAGCCUUCCAACGCGCUCGGGUGCCCUCGGAAAGGACAUUCUCGGAAAACCAUCGAGCCUGGCUGCUAGCCUAUUAUCAUGCUCACCCUCUUGCCUAUCUUGACGAAGCCCAAAACACGUUUCAGAACGCUCAUCGCCUCACGAUAUCGAAGACUUCGGUGUGGCGGAUCAUCCAUGAAGCCGGCUUCACCUGGAAGGCCUUAGAGCGGCGGGCAAUGCACAUAAAGGAGCAGGACGUGUUUCGUUUCGUCGAAGAACUCAGCUGCGUGAACUGGAGGUACAGCAACCUUGUUUUCCUCGAUGAGCGGAAGCCCCGCGUGUCCGUCUUGGCAUUCAUCGGGAUCAACGGCAUCAUCGACUACUUCAACACCGACGAGACCUUCGACCGACUGGAGUUUACGAAGUGCUGCCAAGAUUUUGUGCACUCACACCGUGGGCACGUGCGCCUGUAUCCUGGACGAAAUUCAGUCUGGAUCCUAGAUGGUGUGGUGGAACACCCCGAAAUUGUCCACUAUCUCCGUAGCGUCGGUGUGGUUCCCAUCUUUCUUCUAGCCUAUUGUUCCUUUUUGAAUCCGAUCGAGUUCCUGUUCGGCUACGUCAAACGGUCGUGCCAGCGUCAUUACACCGAGUCCAGCAAACGCGAUUUGCUGCCGUUCAUCGUCCAGACCUUCCGCCGCUUUGAAGGCUUCAACAUGGGGAAAGUUUUCAACCACUGCGGCUGGAAACGGCAAGGACACUUCGACCCUGUUGGUCCACUAACCAUUGAAAACCGACCUCCGCCAGAACGCAACACCGACCCCGAACGCAUGCAAGAUAACUUAGAAUUUGCGGAGUUAGAGUAG